CUAUGUACUACUGUAUAUGUCUAAACAGCACACAGACAAAGUUGUCAAAUAGUUUCUAUACGGUCUUUGGUCUUACUAAAACGGUUACAAAGAAACACGCACGUUCUAUGAUUUUACGUCAGUUAAUCAUGAAGCAGAGCGCAGGAUUCCUAUCAUGUUGUAAAACAACACCACUUCAUCCAGCAUGUAGAGAGAAGUGUGGAGUGAGUGGCAGGCGAGCUUGAUUGUAUUAACUCUUCGCACCUAUGUUAUUUAGACUUUAUGUUGAACCGCACCAUGUCCACCGAUUAACCAAACAGAUUGCCACUGUACACACACUCUCACCAGGAUGGCUGAAGAACGCAGGGUCUGUAGCAGUGCCCCACAGGUUGAGACAAAGCCUCCCUCUUCAUCCUCUUCAAUGAGGGAACUGGAAUCUAAAAACUUGCAUCUCAGAAGGAAGUUAAGCUCAGUGGAAGAAGAAAGUGUUUCUGUGAUGCAAGAAAACAGACAACUGAUCAUUGAAUUGGAAGCAGUGAAUCUCGAACUUGCCAGCUCCAAAACCAAAGUCCGGGUUCUGGGUUCCACCGUAGGGUCUAAGACUUCUAGUGUGUGUCAUAUGAAGGAGGAGAUUGAGGGUAUGAAGGCUGAGGUUGAGGCCCAAGGGGAUGCACUCAGAGAUACAGAAAAGAGGCUGGAGGAGACUGAAGAGACAUUGGUUAUUAAGAGCAGACUAGUGGACCAGCUACAAGAGGAGCUGAAGGCUGCUAGGGCUGAGUUAGAAAACAGGACUAAUCAGGGGAUAAGAGUUGAGCAACAGAGAAAGGAAGCUCUUGUUACUGCAGAGAGGCAGACAUUGGCUCUCCGGAGUUACAAGGGAAAUAUGUCUGAGAAACUGAAGAAGGUGUUGGACAACGAGGCCAGACUGAAGGAGGCUCUUAUCCAGUGUGAUAAAGAGAGAGUGGUGUGGGAGAGGAGGUGUCUUCAGCUAGAGCAGGACAAGACCGAAAUGAACCAGCUGAUCGGCCAGUUGAAGGAAGAGUCGGUCAGAGCCAAGGCGAUGAGUGUAGAGAGUGCCACGUUGCGUUCUCGUCUGGAAGAGGCCUCUGUCCAGGCUGUGGAGCUGAAGAGAAGACUGAGUGACAGGGAGAUAGUUGAGAAGGACAUAGAGGUGUUGAGGAAGGAGUGUAGGGACCUACGCCACCUCACUACCAGCCAGGAGCAGAGACUGGAGCACUGUCAGAGAGAAGCACAGCAGAGCCAGGCUGAACAGGCCAGCCUAGAGGCCAUCCUCAGCCUGCUGCAUCUUAGAGAGAGUGGAGGGGGAUCACUCUGUGCUAAGCCUUGUCAGCCAGCUCCAUUCUGUGAUGUCCCCAAACUCAAGCCAGGGGAGCAGUACCAGCAGCUGCUGCCUGUGUUGCAUGCUGUGGAGCAGGAGAGAGUCAGGCAGGCAGCUCUAGCCCUGGACCUGCAGGAGAGACUAAGGCAGGCCCAGGUGGAGCUGACUGCCCUACAGAACAACAUGAACCAGAGAGACCUCCAGCUACAGAAACUGCACACACAGCUGCAGGAGAGGACAGUACAAAUUAACCAGCUGGAGAGAGAGGCGGCUCUCGUCCUGGGCCUGCAGGAGAGACUAAGGCAGACACAGGAGGAGAUGACUACCCUACAGAACAACAUGAACCAGAGAGACCUCCAGCUUCAGAAACUACUCACAGAGCUGCAGGAGAGGACAGUACAAAUUAACCAGCUGGAGAGAGAGUUAAGGAGGAAUAACGUCUGCCUGGCAACUACAGUGCAACAGUUAGAGAAGAAAGAUGCAGGACUUUCACAGGCUGUAGAGAAGACCACUGAGUUGGAGCAGAACCUGCUGGAGAAGAGCAGCAGUAUCCAGCACUUUAAAACCACUCUGGACUUGAAGAAGAGGGAUUUCCAGCAGGAGUUGGAGGAGACUCAGAGAGUUGGCUCAGAGCAACGUAAGGAGCUACAGGAUCAAAUCAAAAUGUUGCACUCUCAGAAAGCAGAGCUGGAGAAAGACUUGUCUUCAGCCCAGCAUGAGAGACAGGAGGCCCAGCACAGAGCAGAGAGACUUCAGACCUCCCUCAACCAGCUCACGCAUGAUACAGAGACGAGAGCCAAUCAAGACCAGGAGGCCUUGAGAGCUCUCAAAGUGCAGGCAACAGAGUAUACUACCAAGGUGAGGUUUUUGGAGACAGCCCUGACAACAUGCCAGGAUGAGUUGAGCGACUGUAUGCUACAGAUAAAGGGAGUGAAGGGACGCUACGAGAGAGAGCUGGAGACAAACGCUAAAGAAGUGGAGGCUCUGCAGGCGGAGAUGAGGGGUAGCUCUCUGGUGUGUCAGAGCUCCAGUGAGCAGAACUUGCAGCUGCAGCACACCGUCCAGAGACAGCAGACCAUGCUGCAGGAGAGCACCUCCCGUGUGGCGGAGCUAGAGGACAGACAGGCGCUGUUACUGGAGCAGGUGGGCCGCUUGGAGAAGGACCUGGAGAAAGAGAAGGUGUUAGCCUUCAAAGAGCUGAAGAGGAGAGACCAGAGAGCCCAGGAGGCCAUAGAGGGAUUGCAGGAGGCUAGUCAGCAGGCAGCGAGACAUGAGAGAGAAGCCCUGCAACUCUCCAACUCUGUCACGCAGUUGUCAGAGGACAUGAAUAAGGUUCAGGGAGAGCUGAGUGAGCGAGAGCAGCAGAUGCUGCUUCUACGGAGAGACAGCGACACCAAGGCCUUACAGCUCUCUAAGAUGGAGAAGAUGCUAGCUGAGACCAGAGGAAAGCUGGACAAGAAGACAGAGUCUGUCCAGGAUCUGGAGGAGAAGGUGCGUUUCACCAGGAAGGACAGGAGGAACUCCCUCCACCGCACCCAGCUGCUGGAGAGCCAGAUGAAGACGGUGAAGGGAGAACUGGUGGACACACUGGACCACCUGCAGGAGCUACGAGACCGAUUGAGACGCUCACAGGCCAACGCAGAGCAGCGCAAAGUUGACAUGGAGAAACUGCAAGCAGGGAUGAGGGUGAUACACAGUCAGUUGGAGGAGACAUGUAGAGAGUUGGCGCAAAAGAAACAGGAGAUUAUAGACAAAGACACAGAAAUUAAGGAAAGGCAGGAGGAACUUGAACUAAAAUCCCUCCAGCUCUGUAAAUUAGAGGCUGCUGUUGAGAGUCAUACACAGAAGAUGCAGCAGAAGCUCAUCCUCCAACAGGGGACGCUGGAGAUUUCCCAGAGAGAGGCCAAGGAGAGAACCAACCAGGAAGCCUUAGUCCAGGGCCAGCAGCUGUUUCUGUGCAGGGAGAAGCUCCAGAGGACAUCUCACAACCAGGAGAUGCAUAGUCGCUGUGAGAGCCUGGCAAUACAGCUAGAAGAAAGUGUUCAGUUAUGCCGUGAAAAGGAGAACCAUGCCAGGCAUAUGGAGGAGGAGCAGGGGAGGAUGGAGGAGCAGGCUGCCCAGACUGAGGCCAGACUCCAGGCCACAGUGGCCUCCCUCAGACUGGAGCUCGAUACACUGAGAUGGCUGCAACAGAAUGAGCUGUCAGCUCUACAGGAGAGCCAGGCGGAGGUGCUGAAGGCGUCAGAGUGUGUCUCCGCCACCCUACGCUGCUCCCAGGAUCAGCUGACCUCUGAACUACAGCAUUACAGACUGCAGCUGGAGGAGGCCCAGCACAACACCACCGCCCUGUUGGCAGAACUCAACACCAGAGAACAGCUGCUGCAGAGGACCAGCGAGACCCUGCUCAUCAAGGAAUCCGAAAUGACACGUCUAAGGACCAAGAUCUCCAGCUUUGAGAGAAGCAAGGAGCUCCAUAAAAUAGCUGUUUGCUCUUGUAUCAGGUCACAACCCUACAGCCCCCUCCCUACUCCAACCACAAAGUAAGAGAGAAGACCGAUAAAGAAUACCUUUGUCGACAAAUAUACAUUUUAUUUUGAAUAUGAGAAAGUACUUUCGGACAAAUGAAAUGCUUUUGUUUUUAUUGUAUUGUCUAGUAGCAUGCACAAAUGCUUGGUGGAGUGUAAUGUGCUGAUUCAGAAUGCACUUUUGAUUGCGCAUAUGACUAUUUGUAUUUUGUUGUUUACUAUUACAGUAACAUUCAGCAGGUCUAAACACCAAUUCUAAUUAUUGACUACAUAUGCUAAACCACUGUGAAACGUGGCAGUGUUACAGCAGUGUUACGCCCUUAUUUGUCUGUUCCAAGUGAUCUGUGCCAUUAGUAUUGCUGCACGGAGAAGAGCUGCUCUCUGCAGGAAAUUAAACGGAGCAGCAUCUGCAGGCGAUUUGAUCCUAAUGCUACCUCCAAAUCGCUUCCCUUGCUCAUCCAAGGAGUGGCUAUGUAGGAUUCCUUAUGAUCCUAGGAGAUAUGGAGCAAAGCAAUCUGUCUGUGUCACAAAUGGCACCCUAUCCCCUACAUAGUGCACUACUUUUGACCAGAGCCCUAUGGGACCUGAUCAAAAGUAAUGCACUAUAGGGUUCCAUUUGAGAAGCGUUCGUUGUCUCUGCCAGGUUUACGUUAACGGUGAGCCAUUCAAAAAUCAUGUAAUUGCACAGAGUGAGUCCAUGCAACUUACUAUGUGACUUGUUAAGCAAAUGUUUACUGGUUAACUUAUUUAGGGUUGCCAUAAC